AUGCCCCUGGAACUUUUGUUUCUCAUGUGCCACUGCCUGCUAGGCGGCACCGUCCUGGACCUGUCCAUCAACGGCCUCACCGGCCACAUCCUGGCGUCGCUCGGGAACCUGACGUCGCUGCAGGAGCUUCAGCUCAGCGUGAACAAGGUGUCCAGCCCGAUCCCGGCCGAGCUCGCGCGCUGCACCAACCUCACCGACCUCGAGCUCGACAACCAGAUAUCCCUGAUGUGCCGACUGUUGCCUGAGCCUGACGCAGCUCAGUUUGUGCUGUGCUGUACCAAGACAUGA